AUGGCAGUAGAAGCAGCAGCAGCAGCAGCAGCAGGAGGGACAGCGGCACUGGGAGGGGAGAGUACGAUAGGUUCGGCUGCUCCAGGGGCCCUGGUUGGGCCCCGAGGCUGUGAGCCAGCUGCUGAUGCUAUUGCUGGAGAUGUGUAUAUGGAUGGUGGAUCUACUGGUGGUGGUGUAAUAAACGGUGGAGAUUCAAUUGCUGGAAAUUCUACGUCCGGAGCAUGCGGCGGUGAAGGUGAUGCGGCUGGUGGUGCCAGCUGUCAACCUGGUGGUGGGAACGGGAUCACAGGCGCUCCCAGCUUUUGCAUGGAUUGUGUGGUUACAGCGAGUGACGGCUCGAUAGUGUCGCAACACCCCCUUCUCGGCCUGCUGCCUUUCCUGCGCCCCUUCCUCCCCCUCGUCCUGCGCGCGUGGCUGUGCACCGCCGUCGCGCUCACCUCGCUGCUCCUCUUCAUCCCCCGCUUCGGCGCGCUCACCACCCUGCUCGCCCAAGGUGAUCUUCGCUCACUCACCCGUGCAACAGGUGUGGUGCUAUUAUUAGUGGCAACCCGGUCAGCAGCGACGUACUGGCAGGACGCGUGGCUGUGGGAAGCGGCGAGCGGGGUCACUCUCGCCGUGCGGAGGGAGGCGUGGCACCACCUGCUGGGGGCGGACUUAGGGUUCUUUGAAGGGCGCGGGGGAAGGGCAGGAGGAGGGGACGGUGGGCAAGGAGGGAGGACAGCAGUGGCAACAGGGGAAGCAGCGGUGGCAGCAGGGGAUGGGCGAGGAGGAGGGGGAACAGUCAUCAUCGCCACUCUUGGGGUGCGAGUUCGCCAUGUCUCCUCAGAAGCCCAGGCCUCUCUGGCAGCCCUCUCAGCACGGAUCACCGAGGUCCUCCCAGCCAUGCUGCUUGUCAAGGCACACGCAGCCGAGCCCUGCUGCUGGCCCCCAUGCCCUCCUCCUCUUCCCCCUGUCCUCGCUCUUCUCCCUCUGUCUUUCCUCUCUCGCCUCUCUCCCCGGCCUCUCCCGUCCUACAUCCCAGCCCUCUCAGCGCGGAUCACCGAGGUCCUCCCAGCCAUGCUGCUCGUUAAAGCCCACGCAGCCGAGCCCUACGAGGCGCUCCUGUUCCGCCACCUGGCGGAAGCUGAUAGGUCCGCGCGGCUGCGGAAGAAGCGGCUGAAAGCGCUGUUUCCGGAGGCGAUCACGGCGGCGUAUGCGGCGGCGGUGGUGGUGCUGUUUGGGGUGGCCACGUGGGCCGUGGGGCAGGGCGGGCUGACUGGGGCGGGGAUUGUCUCCUUCUUUACAUCUCUGGUUCUUCUCAUCGAACCGAUUCAGAGGCGAUCACGGCGGCUGGUGGUGCUGUUUGGAGUGGCCACGUGGGCCGUAGGGCAGGGCGGCUUAACGGGUGCCGGGAUCGUGUCGUUCUUCACGUCCCUUGUUCUUCUCAUCGAGCCUAUUCAGGCAGCAGGCACUGCAUUCAACGAGCUGAAGCAGGGCCAGCCAGCCAUUGAACGAGUGCUUGCACUCACUCGAUUGGACGCACCCCACUCCACCGCUUCCCACUCCUCCUCCUCCUCCUCCUCCUCCUCCUCCUCCUCCUCCUCCUCCUCCUCCUCCUCCUCCUCCUCCUCCUCCUCCUCCUCCUCCUCCUCCUCCCUCCCUCACACCCUUCAAGAAGAGGAAAUGGACAUUGGGAGGCUGGAGGGAGACAUAGAGUUCCAGGGAGUAUGCUUCGAUUAUGGCUCACUGCCCGAGGCCAGGACUCAGUCAUUGACAACAGUAGCAGGAGAAGCUGCAGCCUCAACAGCAGCAGCAGCAGAAGCAGGUUCAGGUUCCCACGUGUUGUCAGACGUGACGUUUCGUGUGAGGCGGGGCGAGACAGUGGCAGUGGUGGGGCCGUCGGGGGGAGGCAAGAGCUCCCUGCUCAAGCUGCUGCUCAAGCUCUACCGCCCCUCUGCAGGCCGCAUACUGCUGGACGGCCGAGAUCUUGCAGCAUGCUCUGCAUCCAGCGUGCGCCGUCAGAUCGGAUUCGUGCCGCAGGAAACGGUUCUUUUUUCGGGCACAGUGGCACAAAACAUUGCGUACGGGCAUCUGGAAUAUCUGUCCUUGGAAUCUUCCGACCUGCCCGGAAAGGCAACAAAUUUGGCCAUGGUGGAGCGAGCUGCCCGCCUUGCCAACGCACAUGAUUUUAUUUCUGCCCUGCCCGAAGGAUACUUCACCCAGCUGGGGCCUAGAGGGGCGUCUCUCAGCGGCGGGCAGAGGCAGCGGCUGGCCAUUGCCCGAGCCAUCUUCAACGACCCUGCCAUCCUGGUGCUGGAUGAAGCCACGUCAGCACUGGACAGCCAAUCAGAGGCUCUCGUUCGCGACGCUCUGCGCCGCCUCAUGGUUGGCCGAACGGUGAUUCUGGCAGCACACAGGCCUGCAGCCAUUGCCGAUGCUGACCGAGUGCUGCUGGUGGAGAAUGGGCGACUCGCGUACAAGCGGGUCGCCGACGCGUUAAAGACCAAGGGCUACUCGAUCGCGCUCGACGGACUCGGGAUUUCGGGACUGAACGAUACUCUGGUCAAGCUCCUCCCGACGAGAAACGUCACGAUUCUCGUCCCAACUAACGGCGCGUUUUACAAGCUGACGGCAGCGCCAUGGAAGGGGUUGAAAAAGACGCCGGAUAAGCUUCGUCAGAUCCUCGCGUACCACACGCUGCGCACGCGGAUGCGCUUCCUGGAGAUUAGGGAUUUGUCGGCUGGAACCACGGUCCCUACCCUAGACUUCGAGUUUGCCAUGGCACGAGUCAAGGACACGCGGCCAAUCAUGGGUGCUAAAGGAUCUAAAAUUGGCGCUUUGAUUAUCGACCCAAACGUGUACUCAGACCCGCGCGUGAUUGUGCACGGCGUGAAUAUGGUGGUUAUGCCUCCCAAGCUGUAUUAG